CCUUAUAUUACUUCCUCUAUGUGGUGAACCAUGUUGUGGUCGUCUGUUUUUCAUACCAAUCUUUAACCAAUCAGCAUUCGACCCAGCAAAAACCAUUUGCAAGUUUGAGAACUAUAUCACCAUCUGGAUGAGAAACUCCUCACUCUUUGAACAGACACUCUACUCCUCACUCUUUGAACAGACACUCUACUCAUCACUCUUUGAACAAGCGACUCCACCAAAUGGACAACAAACUGUGGAUUGCAUGCUUUUGGAAAAUGGCCAUGGCUGCACUUUUGGCAGCAGCGCUAAUGGGAAAGAAUGAUGCCAAAGCUCCAAUCAAGCUAGAUAUGGCUCCAAACUCUGUUGAUGACAUGUACGCUGGAUGUGAAAGCAAGAUGGAAGCUCUAGUGAAUAGCACGUACUUGGUGAAUGAAUUAAAGAAUGACAAAGUUUUUGAAAAGGCUUGGAAGAAUGCAAGUAAAAAACACAAUACUGAGCUGUCAGAGUAUCAGAGAAGGGCUGUUUAUGUUUAUACAGAUAAAAAUACAAAUAUCUAUUCCGUCUUCAAUGAAAAGGUUCGAACCCAGAGGUCCGGUUACAAGACUGAGGCAUUCAAGUAUCAUUCACUGCACUUCUUCCUCACACGCGCCAUUAAAACUCUCAAACUUAAAAAUAAAAAGUGUCUCACUGGAUACCGCAGAACCAACCUCAGCUUCACCUACAACCCCAAAAACCCAAUGUUUCGCUUUGGGUCCUUCACCUCCAGCUCAUAUGAUAAAUACGCUAAUGAUACAUUUGGAACUAAAACGUGCUUUGAGAUAAACACCUGCUUUGGAGCCGAAAUCUCAUCGUAUUCUGCGUUUGAGUCAGAGAGAGAAAUCCUGAUUCCUCCUUAUGAGAUUUUUAAAGUCAGAAAGAGAACAGAGCCAAAGAAAUCUCUUCCAUGUGAGGUGGUCUACACAGUUGAAAGCACAGGGAAAACUCAAUCCAAUUUGAAUUGUGCUCUUGUGAAAAAAAAGUGGAACAUUUAACAGAUGUUUGCUAUUGUUAUAAAAAAAAAAAAACAUACAGAAUUGUGGCAGAUUAGUCGAUUAAUAUUUUCGAAUCUAUUUAAAAUUGGACCCACAGAUUCACUGCAAAUGUUAAAGAACAUGAUAGAUAGAUAGAUAGAUAGAUAGAUAGAUAGAUAGAUAGAUAGAUAGAUAGAUAGAUAGAUAGAUAGAUAGAUAGAUAGAUAGAUAGAUAGAUAGAUAGAUAGAUAGAUACUUUAUUCAUCUCAAUGAGAAACAGUCAUUUCAGUUGAAAUAUUUAAUUAAACCCAGUUAUUUAAAAGUAUGAAUUUUAAUUUAGAAACUGAACAGCCAGAUGUUUUUUCCACAUUUACAGACAAUUGUUUUAUCUUUUAUGCUUGUGUUAAAAUACUUUGUGAUCCGUCUAAUCUUACACCCUGGAUGUGACUUAACUUUCUGCUUUCUACAAAAGUGUACUAGCCUCACUUGUCCUCAGCUAUGCAACAGAAAAAGUCUUUGAUUGGUUCAACCUUACAAAUAAACUAGUGGUGGAAGUUCCUUUUUGUAGUAAACAUACCAAGAAAAGUAAAAAUACAUCAUUACAAGGAAAGAUUCGUCACGAAAACACUUAAUUAAAAGUAUUAUCAGCAAAGACAUAUUUCCAAUGUUGUUGGUUUUGUAUGUCGUUCACAUUAAAAUGUUGAAGUUUGCUCUAUGUGUGAGCAUGUGCACGCUGUCCAGAAGUUAAAGGGGGGAGGUUUGCUCUCUGAGGAUGUGAGAGGAAGGGGAGGUUCAGAAGACUGCGAAGACCUGGCUCUUCUGCACUUGGCGUUUCCAUCUUCUCCUUAUGUGUAACAAAUGAAUCUAUAUGUUGGAAUUAUUGUACAUAAUUUAUCCCAUAUUUACUCUGAGUGUUUAUGUAUCUAUUAACCUCCUAGUAUGCCAAUGUGCAACAGUAUAUGUCUGUAGAGUUGCUUUGCAGGAAGGGUAAGUAGGGGAACGCGAUUUCUGCUGAGUCGUCCCAGAACCAUCAGUGACAUGCAGAAAGUGCGUCCUCGCCGCAGAAAUAUGGCUGAAGACGGAGCAUAGCGUCCCGAGGACAAGGUCAAAGCGAGUAAACAUGUACCAAGAAGAUAGUGCUUGUAUCGUUUGAGAAGUUGCAGCUAUGUGCUCCCCCUCCCCAUUAGCGCUGCAACUUCUGUUGUAACCAGGGACCUCCCUAAGGAAAUAAAGAGAGGGUACAGCGAGGUACGCUUCAGAGCGGUAGGAGAUUGUAACUGAACGUAUCUCUGCCGUUCUCCUCGCGAGUAAAAAGGAACUCUUGUCCUUCUCUUCUUUGUGCAAUGUUUAUGAAUGUUUUAGGUUGUUGAACCUGACAUUUACUUGGUCCUUCGAGCCGGAUGCCAACAGGCCAGAGGAUUCCAGCAGGUGCGGUGGAAUCCAGGAAAGACCGUGGCCACGGCAGAACUCUGUUAGAGAGAGUUUUCUCAGACCCUUUCUGGGCCUGGAGAUCAGCCUGCCGGCUGGGAUCCGACAACAGUGGUGAGUGGAAUUUCACUUAAAAAGUGGCGAAUAACUGAGGGUCAUUGCGCGUAGAAAAAAAACCCUGGAAAUCCUAGGCAGUAGCAGGUACUGAAGGACGGCGGAGUCCGAGAAAUUCCGUGAAAAAGUAAAGGA